UGAAAUUGAGUUCAGCAGUUUUCUCUCUUCUCCUUCUUCUCCAUUUUUAUCACAGAGAAGUUUCGUGGAAGUUUCAUGGCUACUCGAAGCCCUAAAUGAAUUUUCCAGGAAUCUUACUGCAAUUGAGAUCUGAAGCUUUUCUCAGAAUCCUCUUAAAUACUCGCACUUUUCAGCUUGCUUUUGCUUUAUCUCUGUUUUUCUUUUGAAAAAUACAGGCAGGCACAUACGUAUAUCUCUCCCUCUCUCUAUCUCUCUCUCUGAACUUUGCGGCGUGAAGAUGGCUGUACUAAAGGUGGAAAGGCCGACGGGGUUACCGCCCCUGCACUCGUUGCCGGUGGGGUACCGGUUCCGGCCGACUGACGAGGAGCUGGUGGAUCACUAUUUGAAGAUGAAGAUCACCGGCUCGGAAGCAGAAGUUAGUGUUAUUCGCGAAGUUGAUAUCUGUAAGCAUGAGCCCUGGGAUUUGCCCGAUAUGUCAUUUGUAGAAUCACAUGACAAUGAAUGGUUCUUCUUCUGCCCAAAAGAUCGCAAGUAUCAGAAUGGGCAGCGGUUGAACCGGGCAACAGAGCGAGGGUACUGGAAGGCAACUGGCAAAGAUAGGACCAUUUCUUCGAGGAAGGGUGCAAAAGUUGGGAUGAAAAAGACUUUAGUGUACUACUUGGGUCGAGCUCCUGAAGGGAAGAGGACGUAUUGGGUGAUUCAUGAGUAUCGUACAACUGAGAAAGCAUUUGAUGGAACUCACUCUGGUCAGGCUCCUUUUGUGCUUUGCCGUUUGUUUAAGAAGGUUGAGUUGAAGCUGGAUGAGGGUGCUGAAAUUUCAAACAGUGGUGAGGUUGAUCCAAUUGUCUCUUCUCCUACAGUUGUUAAGACACCCACAGAUGAACAAUCUGAAGGUGGGACUCCAUUGAUGAAGAGUGACCACAUCAAGACACAACCUUUAACUCCGGGUCAGAGUUCUGUGGAGGAAGCUCCUGCUGUUCAUUUCCCUAUUGAUAGUAACAGCAAUAGCUGUAUUGCUGAUACCACUGAGGAUCAAGUGUUAGACAUUACUUCUAAUCCAGCUGAUCCUGACCUAGACACAUUGAAGUUCUAUUUUGACCCUUCAGCUGGGCCUAUAUUUUCUCCCACAUAUGAACAGAUGCCGGAGUUUGGAUCUUCCUAUUUUUAUGGAGAUGUCAUAAAUUGCAUUAGCAAUAAUAAUGAUGUCCAGUUUCAGUAUGGAACUAAUGGUUUUGAUCCAAAUGAGUUUUUGAACCCGGCUGCCCUUGUCAGUUCAGAUGGCGAGUCAGAAGAAGUUACACAAAUGCUGGCUGAACCCGUCGGUUUUGAAAAUGAGCUGUUUGCGACAAAUAAUCAAGAGGCAUUGCUUCAAAGACAGGUUAAUUAUGUUUCAAAUUCGUUGGUUGGGACUUUUGCUACUCCAACUAUGGGCAGUGAUCACCAGAACUGGAAUUUAGAUCUCCAGAACAAUAACUACCUUGGACAGAGUUUGUUCUCUUCAGUUUCUACUGGUACUGUGGCCCCUCAAAUGGUUUUCCCUCAAGCAGAAACUGUUGGUAAUAUCAGUAGUUCUGGAACUGGAAUAACCUUAAGAACCCGACAACCGCAGAAUCAACGAGGUGAUCAGCAGUCCACUGCACAAGGAACUGCUCCUCGGAGAAUCCGUUUUAGUACGAAAUUUCAAGUUGGACCUGUUCAAUGUACCCGUCCUCAGACAACACCUGAGGACAAUAUAGUUUCCAAAGAAGAUGCUUCUAAUGUCGAUAAGCCAAACUCUACUGCUUCUGCUACAGCACAGGAUCCAAUUCUUGAAGGUCGUGGAGAAGACAACACUGGAAUUACCACAAGCGAGAAAGAAGGAGAUACAUCAGCUUGUAGAAACGAAACUUCUGUUAAAGCAUCCUCAAAGACAGCAUUGUGUUCAGCUUCAUCGUCUAUUUACAUACCUAAGGUACUUGUGGUUGUAAGCCUGGUCGUAGUUUUUGUUGGUGCCUGGGCAUGCUUUGUUAGACUUUAGAGCUUGGUCAGAAGAACAAAACUUAUCUUUAUUGUACAGGGAAUCCUUGUUAACCUUGCGCAGAUGUACUUAGUCAGCUUAGAACUCUGUUAAUUUUUGUUAAUUUUUUGUUUUUUUUUUCAUGACUCUGUUGCAGGAGUUUAAACUGAGGUUGACAGAGAUUUCUAGUGUAAUAUUGUAGUAUGACUUUUAAUGGGAUUCCUUUACAAAAUUUCUGUUUGUACAUUUUGUUUAGCAGCUAUAAAUUGAGGAUGUUUUUGUAGUUUUA